AUGUAUAGUGUAGUUUACGUUUCAUACAAUACAAAUAAAGGUUAUUGCUUAAACCAUUAUGAUAUUGAUACCCAAGCUAUAAAAACCCUUUCAAAUGUUGCAUAUACCUAUCAUGGAAAUGACUACUAUUACCAACCAUCCAUUUCAAGUUCACCAUCAAACCAAGCAAAUUAUAUCACUUUAGUUGGCAAAGGUAAUAUGGGAUGGCUUGAGUUUUUAACCUUAGAUUUCGAAAAAGGUUCAUAUAAUGAAACAAGGGCCAAUGUUGAGCAAAAUUAUAUAAACACAUUUUAUUCAUCAGGCUUUGACUAUUAUUCAAACUCAUUAUAUUUAUCUUAUAUCAGCAGUAGCUUGUGUGUUCGUUAUGAUGUUUUAGAUGUCAAAACCUCAGAAUGGGUUAACAUUACAUCAAAAUAUUGUGACUCAUCCGUUUUAAGUAAUAAUGAUAAGGCUUUCCCAAUUAUGUACAAUUCUAUUAAAUACCUAAUAACCUCCUCUAGUAGCACUAACCAAACUGUAAUGAAAAGAAUUGAUAUUGUCAAUGGUAUUCCAACAGGCACCGAUCUUUUCAGUUUUAUAAACGUUGGUACCCCAGGAAGCAAAACACCCAUCUUUUUUGCAUAUCUUCAAAACGGUUAUAUAACUAUUGCUACAUAUACAAACUUUGGUAAAAUUCAAGUAAAUACCAUUUGUCUAACUGACUUCUCGACAUCAUCAUUUUUAGUUCCAGCAACUUCAAGAGUUUAUUCAAUUUUGACCAUAACCUAG